AUGCAGCCGCAAGACAACCCCGUUGCCCAGGACAAUCCAGGAGCAGACACUGGACCUGCCCCGGAGCAAAUCACCUUCGCUCCACUAGCAACACACGACCCGGUGCCCGAAGAACUCGACUACACCGAGGACAUCGUAGAGGACCUGGUCGUCAACGUCGACGAACAAGCCCCGACCACAGAGGAGCUGAUCCCGGAAGAAGAACUCCUCCGCCCGGACGCCGAGCCGGUGGACGCCUCCACCACACAGACACCGGUCGCCCCACUCGUCGUGCAAGCAGCGGACAACGACCCGAUGGCAGCGGAGCCGACGGUGAAAUUCAUCCCACCUCAUCCAUGGUACGAGUACUAUUCGCACGGGACAUCAGUCGCGGCCCUCAAAGACGACUACACCGACAACCCGCAGAAGCUGGUGAACGACGUCGAAGCCAAUUUCUCGACAGAGGACGCCGCCCGAUUUAUCGCUGAAGUGGUCGACAACGGAGAGCUGGAACGAGACGACAGCGUCGAAGCGUUGACGAAAGGCGAGCCCAUGGAGAUCGGAACUCUUCCUCCAGGCCCCGGUGCGCCCUACCGCAUCAUCCACGCCGUCGGGACCUCGCACACGGCAGCCGCGAUCUUCUACGAGACGUUCACCGACCGCCCGGACGUCCGCAACGUCAAGAUCACAUCCCGCUCCGGAUGCCCACUCCAGCCAAACGGAGACAUCGGCUCACCCAAACUGCUACUCGAAGGAGACAUCGUCUGGAUCACAGCCCUCUACCGGAACUCCCGCUUCGAGGAGGAGCCGCAAACGGUCCAGUGGUCCAACACGGCUGACGCGAACGCAACAACGCUUUACACGGUUAAGUCCUUCAUUCUGCUACCAAGACUCAGAGUUCGCGACGUGUUGUGCCACCCGACGGCAAAGACCACUACGACGCUGCAUUGCGUCGCGCAAGGAAUCUUCUCGGAGAUAAAAGUACCCGCGGCCGAGUUCCCGAAGCCGGUGUCCAUGCGACCCAUGAUCGCCGACGUCAUCUCGCCAGUGAAGACAAACAGCUUCCUCGGAUCGCUCAACAUGAAGCUCCGCGCGAAGAAAAGCGUAUCGAAGAUCCCAGUGCACGGACUCGCUCGCGGGACCCUACGAAACAUCCGCAACCUCCCGGCUGAGUCACAGAAGGUCACCCGAACCAUCCUCUCGGCGCUCAACGACCCCGCUCCCGAAAACGAGGUCGUCCUCCGCCAGAUGGGAGCCCUGGCAACCCACGCUGUCCAGAUUCUCGUCAACGGCCCUGCGGACCUGCGCCCGUACACAACUCGGAUCAUCGACUCCAGACAGACCGGCCGAGGCACAAUCCAGCUCACAUUGGUCGCCAGAUUCUUCGGAAUCGCUCCCGACAAGGUCGCUUGGGGACAAGCGAAAGAGAUAGACCUCACGCUGUCGGACAAGCUCGUCAUCCCCGCAACAUCCGGCAUCCCGAUUUUCAACCGCACGGAGUCAAUGGAGCUGAAGGCGGUAGUCAAUCGAUUCAACAGCGACCGAUUCGGAACGAUCCUACUCCGGAGCGCGGACAACGUAAUCAUCAUGCAGCAACAAGCGGAGGAGCCGAGCCACAACCCGGUCGUCACGGUCCUAUUGGCCCAGGAAACAAUGAACCACGAGGACGACAACUUCGCCGUCAACAAAGCGCUCUUCGGUUCGGAGCCACUCGAGCUGCUCACGCCGGGAUCCCUCUUCCAACCCGACAACCUGACGGAGAGCCAGGCGAGAUACGUGAAUACCAUCCGCUUCUCAAAGACCAGAGGACUCAUCGCCGAGUGCGGCUUCGGAGGCGGCAAGAGUACCACAAUGGUCAUCACGGCACGGACACUCCCCGGCGACGCUUGCCAGCUACUCCUCGCCACGUCAAAUGCGGCAGUCGUCAACCUCUGCCAGGUCGCCGACAAGCACGGAAUCUCCGGACUGGUGCGGAUCAUAACGGAGCGCCACAGAGACGAGCUCGACUUCAACCUCAUCACCAAAGCCGAUCUCCCAGUACGUAUUGGCGAGGCAGUCAAAAACCUGGACGACGCGCCCCCCGGAUCCGAGUGGACUGAGAACGAGAAGACCCUGCUCAUCCACGGGUUCCAUCGCGGCCUGCUGAAGAAACUUCCACGCACGGACAAAUGGGUUCACUCGUUGAAGCAGCACACACCGAAGCGGCCAUCAUUCAAGACCGUCGCCGUCGCCUACCUACGCCAGCUGAACAAGAGAAUCAUGGCCGCCACGAUCACAUCGGCCCUCACGUUCUUCCACGAGCACGCACCGGACUUGGCAAAGCUCGUCAAGCUCGUGCAAUGCGACGAGGCCUCACAAAUCCCCGUCGCGACCUACCAGGCGAUAACACUGGUGUUCCCCAACGCGGUCGUCACAAUGGUUGGAGAUCGCCGGCAACUACCACCACUGACGCCUGAAACCGACAAGAAGCGAAGCGGACUCGGAGUGAUCUCACGCCUCGGCACGGAUUCAGCCCUCAGCCACGCAUCGGACGGAGACCGAUUCCCCACGAUCGCCUUCCGUGAAAGUUUCCGCUGCCCGAGAGACAUCACCAACGUACUCUCGAAGAGUUUCUACUCGGGAGAACUGCGGGCUAUGCGAUCCGCCAACGACCACGGCCAACAUCUGCCACGAGAGCUCAGCAAUCACACGUCACGCUCGUCAGUGCAAUGGAUCGAGAUCCCCGCCAGGUCACAUCGUCAGGCAGGGAGCAGCCUGGUCAACACGAAGGAGGCCGAGAUCGUGACGAAGCACAUCGACGCACUGUUCGCCUCGAACUACACCGGAACAGUCGCCGUCCUCUCCUUCUACGGAGCCCAGAAGCCGGUGAUCGUGAAGGCGCUGUCCCAUCACGAGGAACGGAGCGAGCUCUUCAUUGGCACGGUCGACUGCAGCCAGGGCAGAGAAUUCGACACCGUGUUCGUCCUGCUCACACGGUCGGACGGACAAUCAUCGUUUAUCGACGACCCGCGACGCGUCAACGUCGCACUCAGCCGCACCAAAGAUUGGUGUUUCGUGGUUGCCAGCGCAGAGGUCAUCGCCGGCACAACCUAUUGGCGGCGUAUCCAGGAGAUGACCAGAUAG